GACACGGAGAAAGUAUGGCGGAUGUGAGGCAGGGAAAGUUUUCAAACUGAAAUCAAAAUAAAUUAAACAACGAAGUUUAAAUAACCAUAUGGGAUUAAAACAGAGAGAAACGACGAUAGGAUUUAUUUGUCCUGUGCUCACGGUUAGUCGUUGAAAAUCUACUGAACUGUUGGUGAAUACUUGCUAUUACAGCAUUUGGAGAACGUCUCCUCAGGCUGAGAAUGUCAAAUAUCCCGGAUGAGCCUUCCCAGGUCCACAUUUUGCUGGUGUGAGCAGGAGCCUGUCCCCAUCCAUUUACAUGUGCAGGUCAUUACGCUACUGUGUCAGUCACUGUCUGUAUGCAGCGAUGACUAGACUGGAGGAGUUGAACAAGGAGGUCAGCAUGCGGUCUUCUGUGCGCUAUCUUGGUCACUUAGCCAGUCUCAACUUGCUGGUGGCUGUAUGCUUAGGUCUCUAUGUACGAUGGGAGAAGACGGACGAUUCUCUAAUUCUGGUGAUUUUCAUCUUGGGCCUGUUUGUCCUAGGAAUUGCCAGCAUUUUGUAUUAUUACUUCUCCAUGGAAACUGCAAGCCUGAGCCUGUCCCAUCUAUGGUUUGGGUUUCUGCUAGGUCUCCUGUGUUUCUUGAACAGCUCCUCCUUAAAGAGUGAUGUUAAAGAGGAAGUCACCAAUUACCUGCUCCUGACCAGCAUCAUCAUAAGGACGUUGUCAGCUCUCGUGGAAAGAAUUUGCGGUUGUGUCCGUUACCGGCCGGCUCUCUUGACUUCCACUGAGUUUUUGGAGCUUGUCGGCUUUGCUAUAGCUAGCACCGCAAUGCUGCUUCACAAGGCUAUCAGCAUCAUUCUCCUGGUGGUAGCUUUGGCCACUCUGAUGGUCGAUCUGCGGAUGAAGUCCUUCAUGGCAAUUCCAAACUUGGUCCUGUUCGCAGUGAUAUCCUCUGUGUUGUUUUUUCCGUCGCUGAAGAUCUCCAUAAACCCCUUUGCUCUGGCAUGCUACUUUAGCCGCCUGAUGUGCGACCCCUUGUUCGAUGUCUACUUCAGCAGCCUGUCCGUCACAGAACGCUGGCUGCCGUUCCUUGCUCACGGCAGGCUGUGGCGGAGGCUGUCUGUUCUCCCACUCGGACUUCUAGAGCUCAGUUUCUUUAUCCUCGCAGCGUUCAAGCUCAGGGAUUUACAGAUGUGGUAUUUUGUGAUACCGGGCUUCUCCAUUUUUGGGAUCUUCUGGAUGAUCUGCCACAUCAUCUUCAUCAUCACCAUUUGGGGGUUCCACACCAAGCUGAACGACUGCCAGAAGGUGUACUACACUCAGCGUUCUGAAAACAGAAGCCUGGACAGGGUGAUGGCAUCCAAGGGGAUGCGCCAUUUCUGCUUGAUCUCAGAGCGCCUGGUGUUCUUCAGUCUCGUGUCAACAGCUAUCCUGGGUGCAGUGUCAUGGCAGGUCACUAAUGGGAUCUUCAUGAGUGUAUUCCUCGUUGUUCUGCCCCUGGAGUCCUUGGCUCAUGGUUUGUUUCAUGAACUUGGAAAUUGUUUGGGAGGAACAUGUGUGGGAUAUGCUGUCAUUGUCCCCACCAACUAUUGCAGUGUUGAUGGCCAGCCCACUUUGCUCCCUCCUCACCACGUGGAGGAUUUAAACCUGAGGUCGACGGGCAUGCUGAACUCUAUCCAGAGAUUCUUUGCCUACCAUAUGAUUGAGACGUACGGCUGUGACUACUCCACCAGCGGCUUGUCCUCGGAUACCCUGCAGUCCAAACUGAAGUCUUUCCUGGACCUGCGGACCCCGGACGGACCCAGACACGAUACCUACAUCGUGUAUUACAGUGGCCACUCCCAUGGCUCCGGAGAGUGGGCAUUGGCAGGAGGGGACACGCUGCAGCUAGGAAACCUGCUGGACUGGUGGAAGGAGAAGAAUGGCGCCUUCUGCUCCAGGCUCAUAAUCGUGCUGGACUGUGAAAAUGCUUUGCCUUGGGUCAAAGAAGUACAGAAAGUCGGCGACCUGUAUGUGGCUGUUCAGGGCGCGAAAAUGGCCAAAUACGUUGACGCCGAGGAGGCAGAUCCCCCUCAGCUGGGAGAUUUUACGUCGGACUGGGUGGAGUUUAACUGCAACCCUGACAACAAUAUUCAGUGGUCGGAGAAAGGGCGUACUGUGACUGCAAUGUAUGGGGUUUCCAAGCAUUGGAGUGACUACAUGCUGCAUUUGCCCACAGGAAGUGAUCUUGCCAAGCACUGGAUGGUGUAUUUCCCCAGGAUAACUUACCCACUUGUACAUCUGGCAAACUGGUGUGGUGGGCUAAACCUUUUUUGGGCAUGUAGCAUUUGUCUGCGAUGUUUUAGGAGAAUGAAGUUAAGAUGGUUUCCACCAACUGUGCUUGACACAGGACAAGGAUUCAAGCUGGUUAAAUCUUGAAAGGCCCAUUGGUAUUUUCCCCUUUAUGGUCCCUUAUUUUUAUGGUAUUUUAUUUUUUUUUUUUGACUGUCUAAGGAGUGCAAGAGCAUUUUCUUCUUUCUUGGUCUUUGUUUGACAUCUAGGUGGCUCCAUGUGUGAUGUUUUCAAAAUGUGGUUUUCUGCAAAACCUUUGAAAUGUGCCUCAAACAUAGUCCUGAGUCCCAAGGGUGUGACUGUAGUGUCCUUUCUAAUUCUCAGCUGUUAUGAAAGUGAAACUCUGCCUGGCUAUGAAGCAGGUACUAAAGUGUCAUGUUGAGCUGGGUGAGGUACUUCAGUUUUGGAUAGAUAAUAAUCACCAUAAUAAAAAAAAAAUACUCUGAGGUCCAAAAGAAAAAAAAAUCUUAUGAACAGAACACAUUUUGUUUUGGGGGUUAGUAUGAUUAAAGAAUCAUGUUUAAAACCUAUCAUUUAUUCUUUGUUGUGAUCCUGAAGCUGAUCCUCCAACUUUUAUUUAUUUUACUUUUAAUUUUUGAUCUGGAUAUUAGCAAAAUGCCUGCUUAAAUAUCUCCUUGGACAACAUAGCACAUGACAAAUUCUAGACCUGGCUGUGAGGUUGCUUGCUUGAAUAAGGAUGACAUUGGUGUCACAUUGCUUGAUAUUAUCCAGAUAAUUACACAACAUCUCUACAGUACUAUGCAUCAACUCUCCCAUAGGUCACUCAUUGGAAACAAAAUAUAUGGUUUCAUGUUUUUAAUAGCAAAAUGAUCACUUACAAACGUUUAAACUCAUUUUUGUAGCAAAAGAAAUCUAAUAGCCUUGUUGGCCCUUGAACAUGUCUGGCUCAGCUUGAAAAAAAAUAGCGACCAGCUAAAGUGUGCUUGUUUGACAUCUUAAUGCAACAAUUAACAUUUAAUUGCCCAGCUAAUAUAGAAUGCAUGUUCAUUUUGUUGUAAUUUAAGCAGCUUUGAGGUGGCAGCUUUUGGAGUGGGUUAGUUUAAAGGCACUCUGUGGCAGCCUGCGGAACUGGUGCUGUGUUUUACAUAUUUUGUUACAUAUUUUGCAGUGGCCUCCUGCCAGCUUAACUGUUAUCAUCCCCGACUCAGGGAGGAGCUUUCUAGUUUUAUUAUAGAAAUGGUUUGCCUUGUUCUUUUUUCUUUACAGAUCCAAAGUCAUCAGUUUCCCUUUUUAUGCAUGGAAAAAUUACUAUUAUUGUUGCCUAAGAAAACUAUUUUCUUAAAUAAAGCCAUUUUCUUCA